AUGUUUCCGCCCGGCCGGCCUAUGUUUGGUGAUUACAUGGGUGGCAUGCCCAGUCCGCGGCCUGGCCACAGGUCUCAUGACUUCCCCUUGACCAUGGCGGCAUCAACACACGACUUCUACUCCGCACGCAGCAAAGUGCAGCGCAUCCCUGGGAGUAGUCAGUGCAGGACGACCGACGGCAAAGUGUACUUAGAUCGGGACAGUGCCGUGGAACAUCAGCUCGCGCUCGACAGACGAGGAGCCUCGAGCCAAUCUUACUCCAGCCACGAAAGCCAGUCUCAGUGCCAAACCCAGUCUCAGAUCGAGGAGGUCGAAGAGACCACUACGUCUACUACCACCACAACGACAACCGAAGUCGAGGAGGAAGAGGAGGAGGAACUAGUAACGGAGCAACAGCGUGCUGAAGUCGGCAACUUCUUCGUCGACUCUGCCGCGGCCACUGGCAAAUCGGAAGCAGAAGCGAGAAAGAUCGUCAAGAAGAUCAUGGCAGGGAAAUCCGAUGAGUUGGUCCUGAGGCAGCUGGGGGUGAUGAAGAGCGGCAAAGUAAAGUCCAUCAAGGCGCCAGUGCUGCCUGCCCCGCCUGCACAGCCCUUGCCCCCGCAGUACCAGCAAGGGAGCUAUGAGCAGUCCGUGCAGAGCUAUCAGCCAUCGCAGCCUAUUUACCAGCUGCCACAGCAUCAAGGCGGCUACCAGCAGAGCGUGCAAUCUACACAGCAGCAGGUGCCGACUCUAGCACCGCAGCAUUACGGUGGCUAUCAGCAGACUUCGCAGUCGAUGCAACAACAAAUGCCAUCUCCACCAGGGCAACAGCAACUCCCAACUCCGCCAACGCAAUACCAAGGUGGCUUCCACCAAAGCUCGCAGACCAUGCAGCAACAGUUGCCUUCGCCGCCUCCUCCGCCAGCACAGUACCACCAAUCCAACCAACAGAGCUCCCAGAAUUCCCAACAGCAAAUGCGGUCAAUGCCACCAUUUCAGCAAGUGUCAUCGCCACCUCCAAUGCCCAUGUCUUCCAUAUCCAGCCAAGACUGGCAACUAGGCCAAGGCAUGCAGCAAUGGGCCCAGCAGCUCACGCAAGUGAUCACGACUAUGACCAGCAUGAGCUCUUCUUCUAGUGCCCAACACGCGCAAGGCUCGCUAAGUCAAGCAGCCGGCCAGAGCGUGCAGCAACAGUUGCCGCAGUUGCUUGCCCAGCAGCUUAACCAGAUGCAAAUCUCGGGGGAUCUGCUGGGGCAGCAGCAGCUCAUCGAACAAUCGCCGGCAUUCGGUAUUGGUCAGUAUGCGCAGGCUACAGGCGCACAACUAGCGAUGGACGCUCCCGUUGACGCUACGAAACCUGCUAAGAAGGAGAAAGAGAAGAAGAAGAAGAAGUCGAAGAAGAUUCAGGGCUGA